AUGAGAAUUCUAGAACAGCCACCGUCGAAUGGAAACAGUUCCUCCCCAGGUCAAGAGUCUCAGGAUGCAGAUUAUGAUAUGCUAUGUCUCAGUGAUGAGCUAGAGACCAUGAUAUUGGCAAGAUUUCCAGUAUCGAAACAUUGGAAGAUAUCUUGUCUAAGCAAGCGGUUUCUUACCCUAUUGAAGAGUGGUGAAAUCUACAAAAUCAGGAGGGUGAUAGGGUUCAAAGAACCAUCUGUGUUUAUAUUAGCAAGUGGAGAGAAAAAUUGGUGUGCAUUUGAUGGUCAUUUCAGGUCGUGCAGGAAGCUCCCUAUCAUUCCAUCAGAUUACAGUUUUGAGUGGUGUGGUAAGGAGUCAUUUUCAGCAGGGACAAAUCUCUUUGUUUCAGGCAAGGAGGUUGAUGGUGGUGUUGUUUGGAGAUACGACUUAGCAACAAAUGAAUGGUUCAGGGGUCCUUUCAUGCUCAGUCCAAGGUGUCGUUUUGCAUCAGCGUCUUGUGGUACCACGGCUUUUGUUGCAGGAGGAAUUGAGACAACAACUUGGGAAGUUUUGAAUUCAGCUGAGAAGUACAACUUGGAAAGCCACACAUGGGAGCCCCUUCCAAGGAUGAUACAGAAGAGGAAGUUUUGCUCUGGUUGCUACCUGGACAACAAAUUUUAUGUACUUGGAGGGCAAGAUGAGCAGAAGAGAGUCCUCUAUUGUGGUGAAUUCUUUGAUCAAGAGACUAACAGUUGGACCUUGGUGCCUGAAAUGUUGAAAGAUAUACGUCUUUCAACUCCAAGAUCCCCUCUUCUUAUUGCUGUUGCCAACAAUAUGUUGUAUACCAUUGAUGCUUUCUCAAAUGAGCUAAAGGUUUAUCUUAAGGGAAGCAACUCAUGGAAGAAGUUAGGACCAGUUCCAGUGAGAGCUCAUGUACGGGAAGGUUGGGGUGUGGCAUUCAAAUCCUUAGGCAAUGAGUUGCUUGUUAUUGGGGCUACCUCUGCCUCCUGUCCACAACGUACCAGGAUGAAUAUAUACACAUGCUUCCCUGAUCCACAUGUUGAGAAGUUGAAGUGGAAGCAAGUUGUAUGUGGCAGCACCAACCUUCAUCCCUUUAUUCACAACUGUGCUGUGAUGUUAGCCUGA